AAAUGGCGAUCCCGGCCGGCAGGAACUUUGCCAGCUGCUACAUGGAGCUGUGCAAGCAGCAACGACUGCGACCGUUGCCGGUGAUAUGUGUGACCCUGCCGCACAGCUUGGACUUCACCACUGAUCGCGUCAAGAUGGACGACUGGGGACCGAUCCUGAAUUCUCUUUCCCUCGAUCGCUCGCUCAGAUCGAUCAGCGUACACAGCAGGUAUCAAUGUCGCAAACCGCUGGAAGAAGUGAACUCUGAGGACAAGGCGCGAGCGAUGGGAAAGGCUCCAGUGGUUCUCACGCGUUAUCUGUUGGAGUGGUUAUCGCAGAGCGUCGGCCAAUGCAUAAGGAAUUCGAACAGCCUCACAUAUCUCGAGCUUGAGGGUAUCCCCUUUCCGCCAGACUGCAUCGCAGUGCUCUGUGUCGGACUGUCGAGCACACAGACUCUGCACCAUCUAUCCCUUCGACGUUGCUACAUCGGCGACGACGGCUGCAAGCUAAUCUGCCGCACGAUCGCGGACACUCGUAGCGUGAAGUCGCUGAAUCUCAGCCAUUGCGAUCUCACGUCGAGCUCCGGCGGCGCGAUAGCGUCCGCGCUCUCCCGUCAGAAAAUGUCGCUGUACCACGAUGCUUGGAAGCAGUCGUUGAGGUAUCGCGAGCCAAAUUUCGAGGCAAUGUGGGGCCUCCGUCGGCUGACCCUGAAUGACAACCCACAGUUGGGCAAUUGCGCCGUGAGGGAGCUGAUCGAAGCGAUACGCGACAGUCUGUGGCUGAAGGCGCUGGACCUCCAACACUGCGGUUUGACCGAUCAGAUCGAUCCGGAUUUGUUGGAGCUGCUGAAUCAGAACAACACGUUGGCCGUGCUUGAUGUGAGAAGAAACGUGAAUCUGAAUGAAGGCCUCGCGACGGAGGUGAUGCGCAGAUUGGAGGAGAAUAACGUCGAGGGGAAAUUGGAGUACAGGUGGAUGAGACUGCAGACUAAAGAUCAGCGGACCGUCUCUUCGGUUAGUACUCGAAGAAGCGAGCAUGAGCAGGUCGGGAAGUCCGCUAAUCAUCUUCCCGCUGAGAGAAGAGCUCCUCUCUCUAGGUACCCUAGAAGACCGUCCCAGAUGAUUCACCCGAGAAGAACGGCUCCGAUGUCGGUUCUACCGACGAGGAUGAAGAUCCGACCGCAAUCGCCGCCAGUGUGCGAUUCUGCUACUCAACGGGAUAGUUUACAAUCACAGAUGCUUGAUGUCGUUCGACUGAUACCUAAGGUCUCUCUUCAUCUAGAUCUUCAGUCUCACAUACAGCCGGAAUUGAACGAGAGCAGUCGCGAUAAAUCUAUAGAGAGUCGACCAGAACACAAAGACGUCUCACAACGCUCCGACAAAGCGAGUCCCGACUGCUUCGACUCGACCAAGGUGGACGUUGCCACGCAGAGCGUGAAUCUUCAAGAAGACCCGGAUGAGACGAGGAAUAUCCUUAGACAAUUGACGGAAGUCCGAGCCGAACAUGAUCGUCUCUUGGAGCAGACGAAGCGCGCCGAUCAGCUGCUGCUCGAAGAACAAUCGCGUCGCGAAGUCGCCGAGACCAACUUAAGAUCGACGCAGAGCGACAUGGCGGAGCUGGAGAGCGCCCUGCAAAGGAAGCAGAACGAAAGGAGAGACUUCUUGCUGGUCAGCCAGCAGUCUUUCGACGAGAUCUGCCGGUCUUUCGAUUGGCUGCUCGAGAUGCUAGAGAAUGUCAACGCAAAUCUCACCAGCAGAACGCAAGACUCGCAGCAAAUGGCGCGAGUGAUCAAACGGCACCUGGCGUCCGUUAUCAGGCAGACCAAGUCGGAGAACCUGAAGCGAGUGUCCAAGGAAAAGCUCGAGUCGUCGCGAUACGCCGUCGUGGACAGUGGCCGGAAGUUCGCCAAGUCCGAGAGCGACGUGCGCUCGAGCUUGCUGGUUCCGGCGAUCCAGGUCGAGAGGAAGAUCGGCGAGUGUCCAGUGGAAGAGAACGGCACGCACCGUCGGCGACACGGCGACGUCGACAAGCCGUUGUCUUCCGUCGAGCGCGCCCGGGCGAUCUUCGCUAGCAUCGUCCACGGCAAUUCCGUGCUCGACUACUGUUAGUCGAUCGCGGAUCGACCGGACGAACUCUCGAGCGAAGGGCGCGACGGUGCCUUUCGGCGGCUCCACCAGGGCCGUGCAUGCAUACAUUAUA